GUCUGGUAGUGUUUUCAGUGGGCGUAUGGACUUUAGCCGACCGUUCAUUUAUGGAGCGAUUGCUGGGCAGCAGUCUAUACGUUGCGUCGGCAGCGCUAUUGAUCGCCGCCGGAGUGAUUGUGGCCAUCAUUUCAUUCUUAGGCUCUUUGGGAGCCUAUAAGGAGAUCCGUUGUAUGCUUUUGACGUUUUUCGUCAUUUUAUUCUUCAUAUUCCUUCUUAUGUUAAUCGGAGGAAUCCUGGGAUAUGUCUUCAGAAAUCAGGUUGACGAUCGGAUGAACAGAGAGAUGAUAUCAACAAUUUCUCUCUAUGGAAACGACACUGCGGUCACUGAUGCGUGGGAUUCCGUUCAAAAGAAUUUCAAAUGUUGCGGAAUAUCAGUAAACGGCGCCAAAGGAUACCAAAUAUAUCAGAGACAGAAUAAGCCGUAUUUUGGUCAGAGCGGGCCCUCAAAGCCUAAAGUGCCCAUCAGUUGUUGUGUCGGUCCAAAAGGCAAUGACAACACAGCAGCCAAUACUUGUAAUCACGAACCCGGAGAUCACAGCAAUGUUUACCCAGAGGCGUGGGAUUCCGUACAAAAGAAUUUCAAAUGUUGCGGAAUGUCAGUAAACGGCGCCAAACCGUAUGAAAUAUAUCAGAGACAGAAUAGAGGAAGUUUUGGUGGCGGCGCCGGAAGACCUAAAGUGCCCAUCAGUUGUUGCAUAAGAGUUAGUGACGGCCAGUCCACUAAUCUCUGUACUCACGGACCCAGUGAUCCCAAUAUAGUCUACCACAAUGAUUGUUACAUGGAAAUGAAAGAAUUUGUAAAGAGACACGCUUUAUUAGUCGGUGGUAUUGGUAUAGGAAUUGCCUGUAUAUUACUUAUUGGAAUGGUUCUAUCGAUGGCUUUGUUUCUGAUGAUUGAUUAGGAGUACAACGAUGUAAAUCGCC